UUGCAUCACUCUAUAGGCUCGUGCACGGGAGGGAGAAGCUGCAAGAAAUGCUAUGUUUAAUGGUGAAAAAAUCAAUUUCACAGAGAAUAGGGCAGUUUUGCACAUUGCUUUGCGUAACAGAGACAAUACACCGAUAUUAGUAGAUGGAAAGGAUGUGAUGCCUGAUGUUAAUGCAGUGUUAGAGCAUAUAAAAAGUUUCACAAAUGAGGUAUUGACAAAAACGUGGAAAGGAUUUACGGGUAAACCUAUUGAAGAUGUUGUUAAUAUUGGAAUCGGCGGCUCUGAUUUAGGUCCACUUAUGGUUACCGAAGCUUUAAAAGCAUAUAGCAUUGGACCCAGAGUUCACUUUGUUAGUAAUAUUGAUGGCACUCAUAUAGUUGAAACUCUUAAGAAAUUAAAUCCAGAAACUACUUUAUUCAUAAUAGCUUCCAAGACAUUCACUACACAAGAAACUAUAACAAAUGCAACUACUGCCAAAGCGUGGCUUUUGAAAGCAUUGAAAGAUGAAGCAGCAGUCGCCCGUCAUUUUGUAGCACUGUCGACAAAUGGACAAAAAGUUAAAGAAUUUGGUAUUGAUGUGAAAAAUAUGUUUGGCUUCUGGGAUUGGGUUGGCGGACGUUAUUCACUAUGGUCAGCUAUUGGCUUAUCAAUUUGUUUGUCAAUUGGUUUUGAUAACUUUGAAAAGCUUCUAAGUGGUGCACAUUUUAUGGAUCAACAUUUUUGCACAGCACCACUGGAGAAAAACGCACCUAUCAUAUUAGCAUUGCUUGGCAUAUGGUACCAUAACUUUUAUAAGGCAGAAACACAUGCACUGUUACCAUAUGACCAAUAUCUACACAGAUUUGCUGCUUAUUUUCAACAAGGUGACAUGGAAAGUAACGGGAAAUAUGUUACUCGUUCCGGAAAGACUGUAAAUUAUUCUACUGGGCCAAUUGUGUGGGGGGAACCAGGCACUAAUGGGCAGCACGCAUUUUAUCAAUUGUUACACCAGGGUACAAGACUUGUACCAGCAGAUUUCAUAAUUCCUGUUCAAACUCAAAACCAAAUUGCUCCGCACCAUACGAUUUUACUUGCUAACUUUUUUGCGCAAACUGAAGCUUUAAUGAAAGGCAAAAAUGAGAACGAGGCUCGAGCGGAAUUGCAAAAGUCAGGAUUGAGCGCCGAACAAGUAGAUUCACUAUUACCACAUAAGAUAUUUGAAGGAAAUAGACCAACAAACAGCAUUGUGGUAAAGAAAUUAACACCUUUUGUUCUUGGUGCUUUGAUUGCAAUGUAUGAACAUAAAAUUUUUAUGCAAGGCGUUAUCUGGGAUAUUAAUUCUUACGACCAAUGGGGUGUGGAAUUGGGGAAACAGUUAGCUAAAGCGAUUGAACCAGAGCUGGCGAGCGCAGAAACUAUCACAACGCACGACUCGUCAACUAAUGGCUUGAUAGCAUUCGCUAAACGUAAUAAAGCUUAAAUACUUAUUUAUAGUAACGUUUUAUUAUAAAAUGUUUAAAAUAGACACAAUUGAAUAUAAGUAGCUCUGUCCUAAGUUGCAUUAUUCAUAUCAGAGUCUAUGUAGUUGGUAAAAAAAAGAUUAUCGGAAAAAUAUA